AUGGACGUGUGGGGCCCUGCCCGCCUCCGUGGACUCGGUCACGAGCGCUACUUCCUGUUGGUGGUUGACGACUACUCGCGUUACACCACUGUCUUCCCCUUGCGCAGCAAGGGUGAUGUCACUGAGGUACUGAUCGACUGGAUCCGCGCAGCUCGUCUCCAGCUCAGGCAGAGCUUUGGCUCGGACUUUCCUGUGUUGCGUCUGCACUCGGACAGAGGCGGAGAGUUCUCCUCUGGCCUUCUGCGUGCCUACUGUUGUGCGCGAGGCAUCCGUCAGACCUUCACGCUUCCGGACUCACCGCAGAAAAAUGGGAUUGCAGAGCGCCACAUUGGCAUGGUCAUGGACGUCGCUCGUACGUCUAUGAUGCAUGCGGCUGCCCUCCAUUUUCUGUGGCCGUUUGCGGUCAGGUACGCGGCGCAUCAGCUCAACCUCCACCCCAGGGUCUCCAGGCCGGAGACCUCCCCAGUCCUGCUGUGGACGGGGAAGGUUGGCGAUGCGUCGGCGUUCCGGGUCUGGGGAUCUCGGGCGUUUGUCCGCGACUUGUCUGCGGACAAGCUGUCCCCUCGCGCAGCUCCCUGCGUCUUCCUGGGGUUCCCCCCCGACGCCCCUGGGUGGCAGUUCUACCACCCCACCUUUCGCCGUGUUCUGUCCUCCCAAGACGUCACGUUCGAUGAGUCGGUACCCUACUACCGCCUCUUCCCCUAUCGCACUCCGUCCCUCCCCCCACCCCCGCUCUUCUUGGUACCAGGUCCCCCCCCGGUAGACCCCCUUCCCCAUCAGGGUCCUGCCCCUUCAGGUGUGUCACAGGUAGACGCGGUCGAGCCUAUCGAGGUCACGGGUGACUCUGGUGCUGCUGGGGGUGCUGAGCCUCGAGGUGCUUUGACUGGGGGUGCUGUGCCUGGGGGUGCUGAGCCUGGGGGUGCGGAGCCUGGGGGUGCGGAGCCUGGGGGUGCUGAGCCUGGGUGUGCUGAGCCUGGGGGUGCUGAGCCUGGGGGUGCUGAGCCUGGGGGUGCUGAGGCUGGAGGUGCUACGCCUGGAGGUGCUUUUCCUGGGGGUGCUAAGCCUGGAGGUUCUUCGCCUGGAGGUGCUCCGGGUGCUUCGCGUGCUACUGGUGCUGGAGGUUCUUCGGCUGCUGAGGGUGCUGCUGCCGCGGGUCCCGGAGGUGCUCGUACUGGGAGUACUGGAGCUGUUGCGCCUGCGGGUUUGACUGGAGCUGGUGCUGCUGAGGGUGUUGGCGCUGAGACUACCACUGGCGGUCCGACUGGCGGUGCUCCUGGUGCUGCUGGAGGUUCUGCUGCUGCUGGGGGCUCUGGAGCUACUGGAGGUGCUGCUGGAGGUGCUGCUGGAGCUGGUCCUCCUGCUGGAGCUACUGGUACUGUCCCUGCUGUUUCUGGCGUCGCCACGCGGCCCCGACCGUACUUCGUUCCUCUCCUGCAGCAGCUACAGCCUGCCUCCCCUUUGCCUGCUCCUUCUCCCUACGCUGGUCCGACUGGAGGUCUUACUGAGCGUCGUGAGCCUGCGUCUCGUCCUGCGUCGCCUGUUCGUGCUGCGCGCACUAGUGGUCGCGGUUCGCGUCAGCGUCCUCCUCCUGUCCCUGGCACGCACCGGAUGUCUCGGCGUCCGUCUACUGCUCCUCUGCGUGCCCCUUUGCCUUCUCCUCCUGCUUCCUCUCUUCCUGCUCUUGCCGACCCGGAGUCGGACUCUCUUCGUGCUGCCAGUCCUACUGUCACGCGUCUCCUUGCUACUGCCGUCACUGACCCUUCUUUCGAGUCUACUGCUGCGUCUGCCCUUGUUACUGAGCUCGUCGACUUUUCUGCUCGCUGUCGUCUAGACUACGCUGCUAGUCUUGUCGCUGAGUCUGAGUCUGCCUGUCCUCCGUCCGUCGGGGGUGAGUGUGCCCUUGGCACGGACGUCCUUGAGGACAGGCAGGAGGAGUUCCAGUGUCUGGCCGCCGCUUCACCUCAUCUCGUGUCCGUACUGCUCACCCCUGAGGGAGACCCGGAUGCACUUGACAUCCCGACUCCGCGCUCUUACGUGGAGGCGAUAGAGGGUCCCUACUCCUCUCAGUGGCAGGCAGCUAUGGACACAGAGAUGGCUUCCUGGAAGUCCACAGGCACCUACGUUGACGCUGUCCCCGCUCCUGGGGCGAACAUCGUGAGUGGCAUGUGGAUCUUCAGGGUGAAGCGGCCGCCGGGUUCUCCGCUUGUCUUCAAGGCGCGUUACGUGGCUCGUGGCUUCAAUCAGCGGCAGGGGGUUGACUACUUUCAGACCUUCUCUCCCACCCCGAAGAUGAGCACUCUUCGGGUACUGCUGCACGUUGCUGCUCACCGUGACUACGAGCUGCACUCUCUCGACUUCAGCACUGCUUUCUUGCAGGGCAGCCUGCACGAGGAGAUCUGGCUGCGCCGCCCACCUGGCUUCACUGGGUCUUUCCCUCCUGGUACCCAGUGGAGUCUCCGGCGUCCAGUCUACGGUCUCCGCCAGGCGCCGCGUGAACCCGUCGCUGUUUCUGCGCACUGA